UCAUAUCAAAAAGUUAAGUUUAUCAGAUAAAGCUGCUCUACAAGCAAACGGUUAUUCUCUUUGCCCCUCCCCCAAUGUCAAAAUCAGAACGUUUGGAAGAACAACGAAAGGCUCUUCCAACUUAUGAGUAUCGUCAAGAACUCAUUGACGCUAUUCGAGAAUAUAACAUUCUGGUCGUGAUUGGUGAAACCGGUUCCGGUAAAACAACUCAAAUUCCGCAAUACAUCUUGGAAGGACUGCCAGAUGUCAAAAAGAUUGGUGUCACCCAGCCAAGACGCAUUGCAGCCAUCACAGUGGCGAAACGGGUCAGCGAAGAGCAGAAUUGUCGCUUGGGCACCACUGUCGGUUACUCAAUUCGAUUCGACGAUAAAACCGGUCCCGAUACCCGCUUAAAGUACAUGACAGACGGUGUCCUGCUCAGGGAAGCCACGCAAGAUCCGUAUUUGAACCAGUAUUCGGUUAUUAUUAUUGACGAAGCGCACGAACGAACCCUGGAAACCGAUGUUCUUUUCGGUCUUCUGAAAAAGACCCAUCGAUUACGCCCCGAAUUGAAGAUCCUUAUCAUGUCGGCCACAUUGGACGUUGAAAAGUUUUCAGACUUUUUUGAAGAGUGCCCCAUCUUUGAAAUUCCUGGAAGAAACUUCCCUGUUGAAAUUAUAUACAACGAUGAUGCCUUGCGAUUGUCUUCAUUAAAACCGACAUUUGUCGAGCGAGCCGUCGAUACCGCGUGGCAAAUUCACACGACUCAUGCCCCAGGCGAUAUUCUCGUGUUCUUGACAGGGCAGCAUGACAUUGAACGAGCAUGUCGAAGUUUCGAAGAACGGGCCAAGAGUGUUGACUAUCGAAAAUCAGUUCGUUACUUCAACGACGGAGAAGGCGUACGAGAUGUCGCGGUGUAUCCUCUGUACGCUAGUUUGGAGACGUAUGAACAAAAAGCCGUUUUCGAAUUACCGAGAACAGGCGUCCGCAAGGUUGUGUUUGCAACCAACGUUGCACAGACAUCCGUCACUAUUCCAGGGAUCCGUUAUGUGGUGGAUAGUGGAUUUGUCAAGGAAAAAUCGUAUGAUCCCAAUACCGGUAUGGAUGCUUUGCUUGUCACUGAAAUCAGUCAGGCUGCGGCAAUCCAACGUGCCGGUCGUGCUGGCAGAACGGCUCCUGGUAAAGCCUAUCGUCUGUACACCGAAGAAAGCUUCCAUCGAAUGUUGCCGAACACCGUACCUGAAAUUCAGCGAAGCAGUCUUCUCAGUACGGUAUUGGCAUUGAAGAAGAUGAAUAUCGUGGAUGUCAUCCAUUUCGAAUUCAUCGAUCCUCCGGAUGAAACGCUGGUGAAAAACGCGCUGAAACAGCUUUAUUUAUUGGGCGCGAUUGACGAAGUCGGUCAGUUGACACCUCUGGGCGACAAGAUGAGCUAUUUCCCUUUAUCACCAUCCUUGGCGCGCGUAUUGAUCAGUGCAGCUGAAGAACACGGUUGCGCGUACGAAGUACUUACGAUUGCAAGCAUUCUUGCUGGCGAGAAUGACUUGUUUCGUGCGCCGAGUGUACGUAGCAAAGGCGGGGAACAAGCAGUAAUUCGUGCUGAAGAGUGUAAACUGAGAUUUGCCCACCAUACAGGGGAUCAUAUGACUUAUCUGAAUGUCUGGCGCGAAUGGAAACGUCACGACAAGGACCGAGCGUGGUGCAGAGAACAUUGGGUGAACAGUAAAAUAUUGGAAACCGCCGCCAGUGUGCGAUCUCAGCUGCAGGAUGUGAUGGAUAAAUUGCAGUUGCCCAUAAAGAAGGCGCCCAGAUUAGCCCGUCGAAGCUCCAAAUCCGACACGAUCGAUCCUGUCCCCAUCCUGAAGUCAUUCCUGACAGGUUACUUUACGAAUAUCGCCAACAAGGGCGCCAAUCGAAGUGUGUUUUCCCACUACUCUCCCGACGAACACCUCAUUGAAGGCAUCUCUGCCGAUACACUCAAAUCUGGCGCCCUGGUGGCAUUGCAUUUACAUCCUCUGUGCGCUUUCUCCGACAUGUUGGACCGGAAUAAGAUACGCUACGCCGAGUUAGAUUGGGUACUGUACACCCACGUUACAUACACCAACAAGGCGGUCAUGAAAGGUGUAAGCAAGAUUUUAUGGGACUGGGUAAAGUCUGGCCAAGGUCAGGAACGUAUUCAUAAACUUCCCAAUACGAGAUUGAACGGAGAAGACGCGCCCAACGUGAAGGAAAUGGAACACAAGAAAGGAGACAAAGACGCCGCAUCACUGGCAAAUGAAUCUCGUGAGAGCAUCGCAGAGACGAAGCAAGAGAGUGCCUCGGAUAAAAUUAAACGGCGUGCCGAACAAAUAGAGGAAAUUAGACAGAGAGCUCUCUCAAGGAGAAAGUUACAUAGUUAAAAAAUAGAGAUGCACAUUUUUUCAGCCCACGUUACGGAAUUGGUUAUUUAGGGUCUGUUGUCGCUGUGUCUGGGCGGCAAUCACAUUUUUAUUUCAUACAUGCAUUGAUAAUUUCAAGACGUCAAAUAAAAUG